CACAAAAGUCACGAGGUUCAUUUUCAUCCGGGAAUCUGUUGGUAAGGACCAUCGAAGGGAAGCGUGAGGAUCAAAACUAAGGGGCUGAAACCCCACUUUUAUACAAGUAUUCGCGUUGAUUUGUUAAUAUUAGAUUGAAAUCCUCACACUAGUCACUUAAUUCAACAUGACAGAUAAGGAUGAAAAGGGAGAUGAGGAGAAGAUGUAUGGGGGUUGUGAAGGACCUGAUGCAAUGUAUGUCAAACUGGUGUCAUCUGAUGGUCAUGAGUUCUAUGUCAAAAGAGACCAUGCACUGACAUCUGGAACAAUCAAAGCCAUGUUAAGUGGGCCAGGACAGUUUGCCGAAAAUGAAACAAAUGAAAUAAAUUUUAGAGAAAUACCGUCACAUGUUUUGCAAAAGGUAUGCAUGUAUUUUACAUAUAAAGUGAGGUAUACCAACAGUUCGACAGAGAUUCCAGAGUUUCCUAUUGCUCCGGAAAUAGCGCUGGAACUUUUAAUGGCUGCUAAUUUCCUUGAUUGUUGAAAUGUAUUGUAUUUUUUCUUUUUAUAUUGUGUUAUCCUAAAUAGUUUUUGUGGUUAAAUUAUAAAGUCUUAGAAAUGUUAACCAUCAUAUUAAGUUAAGCUUUGAAAUUUGUGUAGCAGUCAGAGAAAUAAAUUGCAUAUCAUCAUUAAAAGUGAAACACAGAUUGCUUUUUUUUGCCAUAAAACAAUUUUAGCUUAUAACUUAGGUUAAGGAAAUGGUCAGAUAUUUCAGUUUAAUCAACACAUUUAUAUAGAGGGGAAUUUGAAUGUGCCAAUAUUAUAUAAUUCUUUUAAAUUUUCUAUUUUAUGUAAAACGUAUAUGUGGAUGCUUAGGAAAUCUCAUAUUUUAUUGUUGUUUUCAUUGAUGUCUGCAAUACUCUUUUUUUGAACCUAUCAUAAUUAUACACAAAAGUUACAAUGAAGGUCUUGAUAAGUUUUGAGAAAUGUAUACAUGUAUAUGUAUAUGUGCAUGUGUAAAUUGCUUAUUUAUUUACAUGUAAUCAUCCCAUUUCAUGUGUAAUCUCUUGUGUUGUAUUUCUUCAGUCACUACUACUUUUGUGUCAAUUUUUAUCAAUAGUUUGAUUAAAGUAAUGUGCUGUAUACUUUCUGAAGAUUUAAUUUUAGUUUCCUACAAAAUUUACUUUCUACACAAUUUACUUUGAAACCCUUUUCCAAAAUCUUGAGUUCUAAAAGUCAGUAUGUUUUAUAUUACUACAAAAAGUUAUAAGUUGUAGAAAACAAUUUUUGUCCAUGUGUAUUGCAUUAAAUAAAUCUUUUUUUAAGUUAUUA